UCCUAUUGAUUACCGCUCACCAACAAAGCCAAUGGAUUACAGUGAAGGCGUUGGGAAGGCCUUGAUCACAGCUAUGUCAACACUGAAUCAGGAUAUUUCAAGCCAAGACAGACUACAGUAAAAGACUGACAAAGAUAGUUUUUUGUUUUGAGUUGUUAUAUUUAGCAUUUCAGCUUUUUGCACACCCAUCUCCCAUUUAUUGUUACUAGUGAUUUCAUCUUUUCCAGCCCCUUUUCUGCCUUAAUUGUGCACUUCUUAUUAUGUUGUGAGUCUACUGCUGCUAACUAGCUUGCCAUCACAGAGCGGUGCUCUUUAUACCUUUCGGGCUCCACACAUUUCAAGGGGAGCUUUCUCAGGACACCAGCUGACUUUGUGGACUGCUGUCAUUCCAAGUUCAUAUUUUUGAUUCUUCUGACGCCCCAUCUUCUGCCACCAUGUACAGUAGCUCCCGGUCCAUCUCCAAGCUGGACGUUGUGGGGUCCAACGGUAAUGGCUCAGUGUCUGGUAGUCCUGGCCGCUCCCCACGCCUCCCCCGCUCCCCGCGGCUCGGACACAGACGAAACAGCAGCAGCAGCUCCGCCGGCGGCCUCACUGGCUCCGGUAAAACCCUGUCCAUGGAGAAUAUCCAGUCUCUGAACGCCGCUUACGCCAUGACCGGUCCAAUGUAUUUCGCCGACACUGCUGACGACCCCGUGGGCCUCGCCGGCAGCCUGAGCAGUGCCCUGAACCCCACCCCGCCCAAGAGCACCAUGACCUUGGGCAGGGCUGGGGCCAGGCUGCCCUACGGGGUCCGGGGGGCCGUCAUGGGUAGCAGUCCUAACAUUAACACUGGAGGAGGGGGCGGGGGAGUGGGCAUGGCCAGCGAUGCGAUAGCGUUCGGUGGGGAUCUGCAGGGCCAGCCGUCCCAGGCCGCCACAGUGCCCCACUCUAUGAGACAGGUGAGGGAAGGUGCCAUGUCAGACCUACAGACACAGCUAAGAGAGGUGCUAAGAGAGAAUGAGCUGCUUCGCCGAGAGCUGGAGGCUAAGGAGUCCAAGCUGAGUUCCUCUAUGAACUCCAUCAAGACAUUCUGGAGUCCAGAGCUGAAGAAAGAGAGAGCGCUGAGGAAGGACGAAGCCACCAAGAUGGCCGUGUGGAAGGAGCAGUACAGAGUGGUGCAGGACGAAACACAGCAUUUCCAGUGCACCAUCCAGGCUCUGCAGGAUGAGCUCCGCAUCCAGCGCGACCUCAACCAGCUCCUCCAGACCGACUACUCGGACGGCGGUCACCUCGGCAACCAGGCCCUCCCCCCGCAGGAAAUGACGGAGGAGAAUUUCCUGCGUAUUCACACCGACUACGAGCGUCAGGCCAAAGAGCUCUUCCUCCUGAGGAAGACUGUGGAAGAGAUGGAGCUGAGAAUUGACACUCAGAAACACACUUUGACGGCCAGGGAUGAGUCCAUUAAGAAGUUACUGGAGAUGCUGCAGAGUAAAGGUCUGUCGUCACGGGCGACUGAGGAGGACCACGAACGGACGAGGCGAUUGGCUGACGCUGAGAUGACCAUCCACCAUCUAGAGGGCCUGUUGGAGCAGAAAGACAAGGAGACGCUACAACUCAGAGAGGAGCUCCACAGGAGGUACGAAGCAGCUCCAGAAUCAGCCAAGACCAAGGCGUUGCAGACUGUCAUUGAAAUGAAGGACUCUAAGAUCAGCUCGCUGGAGCGCGGUCUGAGGGAGCUGGAGGAGGAGGUGAACAUGCUCAAGUCCAACGGAGCUCUGAGCAGCGAGGAGAGAGAGGAGGAGAUCAAACAGAUGGAGGUCUACAGAUCCCACUCCAAGUUCAUGAAGAACAAGGUUGAGCAGCUGAAGGGGGAGCUGACUCACAGCCAAUCAGAGACGGAGGAACUAAGGCAACGAGCCAAUGAGCUUCAGCAGGAGGUGUCUGCAAUGGAGCAGGUGAAGCAGGAGUUGAGUCGUAAGGACAGCGAGCUGCUGGCUCUCAGGACCAAACUGGAAACUCUGAACAAUCAGUUCUCUGACAGUAAACAGCACGUCGACGUGCUCAAAGAGUCGCUCACCGCCAAGGAGCAGCGAGCCGCUAUCCUACAGACCGAGGUGGAUGCGUUGCGUCUCCGUCUGGAGGAGAAGGAGUCUCUCCUCUCUAAGAAGAGCCAGCAGAUCACAGAGCUGACGGAGGAGAAGGGCACGCAGAGCGGAGAGAUCAGCGACCUCAAAGACAUGCUGGACGUCAAGGAGCGCAAAGUCAACGUGCUGCAGAAGAAGAUCGAGAACCUGCAGGACCAGCUGAGGGACAAAGACAAACAGCUGACCGGGCUGAAGGACAGAGUCAAAUCUCUGCAGACGGACACCUCCAACACCGACACGGCACUGGGAACACUGGAGGAGGCUUUGGCUGAGAAGGAGCGCAUCAUUGAGCGGUUGAAGGAGCAGAGGGAGCGGGAGGAGAGGGAAAAGGGAGAGGAGAUGGACUCCAACAAGAAGGAGCUGAAGGAACUGAGGGAGAAGGUCUCUCAGCUGCAGGCCGACCUGGCUGACCGCGAGACAUCGCUGUUGGAUCUGAAGGAGAAGGCUUCCUCUCUGGCCUCCUCGGCUCUGAAGAAAGACAACAGGCUGAAGAGUCUGGAGAUCACCCUGGAGCAGAAGAGAGAGGAGUGUGUCAAACUGGACAACCAGCUCAAGAAGGCCCAGAAUGCGGCAGUGGAGUCGCUGGCCAACGCCGAGCUGUCGGAGCGCAUCUCCUCCCUGGAGCAGGAGGUGAACCGGCACAGAGAGGAUGCUGGGAAGGCCCAGUCCGAGGUCGAGCGACUGCUGGAGAUCCUCCGAGAGAUGGAGAACGAAAAGAACGACAAGGACAAGAAGAUCCAUGAGCUGGAGAGUCUUGCCUCAAGGCAGAUGAAGGAUCAGUCGAAGAAGGUGGCCAACCUGAAGCACAAGGAGCAGGUGGAGAAGAGCAGGAACGCCCAGCUGAUGGAGGAGGCCAAGAAGAGAGAGGACAACCUGAAUGAAAGCUCCCAGCAGAUAAAGGACUCACUCCGUCAGAAGACUGAGCGCAUUGAGGAGCUGGAGGAGGCGCUGAGGGAGAGCGUGCAGAUCACAGCAGAGAGGGAAGUGGUGCUCGCCCAGGAGGAGCAGGCUCGCACUCAGGCCGAGAGACAGAUGGAGGAGCUGUUGGUUGCCAUGGAGAAGGUGAAACAGGAACUUGAGGUGAUGAAAGCCAAGCUGUCAUCAACUCAACUCUCAUUGGCCGAGAAGGAGGGUCACCUGACCGCCCUGCGGGCUGAGAGGCGGAAACACCUGGAGGAGGUCUUGGAGAUGAAACAGGAGGCGCUGCUGGCAGCCAUCAGUGAGAAAGACGCCAACAUCGCCCUGCUGGAGCUCUCCUCAUCUAAGAAGAAGAAAACCCAGGAGGAGGUGGCAGCGCUCAAGAGAGAGAAGGACAGUCUGGUACAACAGCUCAAGCAACAGACCCAGAACAGGAUGAAGUUGAUGGCAGACAACUACGAGGACGACCACCUGAAGGUUUUGUCUCCAAACUCAGAGCAGCCCAACAACCACAAGCCCUCCCCCGACCAGAUUCUCCCUCCUCUCCUGGACCUCAGUCAGAACCGCAGUAAACUGAAGCUGUACAUCGGUCACCUGACGUCGCUGUGUCAGGAGCGAGACCCCGUCAUACUGCAGGACUUCGCCCCGCCCCCCGCCUAUCACCGCUCCGACUCCGCCUCCUGGGAAACGCAGCUGCACAGCAUGACGCAGGAACAGCUGGAGGCGGAGUUAGAGCUGUGUGAGAGGGAGGGGGCGGAGCUACAGGAGUACGCCAAUCAGGUCCUGCAGCAGAUCGCCGACCGAUGCCCCGACAUUUUGGAACAAGUCGUCAAUGCCCUGGAGGACACCUGCUGACACACACACACACACACACACACACACAUAUACAGAGCUUAACAGAUGAACACACAUGAAAGUUACCACGUGCACAAAUGCACACACAUUCAGAAGAAAACAAGCAGGCACACAUACAUGCAAACACUCACACACUCACACACACACCAACAGGGCUGUCAGAAAUCUCCCAUAAUCCCCUGAUAUGCAACUAGAAUCACAGCGUUGGCCGUGGAGAUGAAGAGCACGUUGUCCUUCACGGUUCUGCUCGUCUGUCACCUUCGUUUCUCUCGUCUCGCUCCUUCACAGAAGGGAAAGGACCGUUUCCCUGCGGGGAUCAAUAAAGAAUAACAUCAUCAUCAUUAUUAUUAUCAUUAUCACAGCAAGCCGACCCCCCCCACCACUUCCACUGGGUGUUUAGUUGCCAUAGUUUUUCAAAGAGCAGUGCCAGCUGAAGGCUGUGGUGCUCAGCUUUCAGCACAAAGUGAUUUGUUGGCAUGAAGGUGGAAGUCAGCUGGAGAUUGUUGAUGUUUUGGAGACAGCAAACGGCGAUAUUUCUCUCUAAUUUCUCCAAGACAGAUUAAGCCGGCACUAAUUUUACCAUCUGUGACACUUUAGGUGGCCGUUUUGUGUCCUUACACGCAAUCAACAGUUUGUCUUGUAAUCAUAACUUCAUUUAGUUUAUGGAGAAUAAAGUGUAAACUGUAUAUUAGGAGUGAAAGUGAGUUGAACUUACCGGGUUGUUACUGAUGUCACAGUUACAUGAUGUUGCCACAUUGCCAUUUGAUUGGUUGAAUUGCAAAGUAUGUUUAUUUCAGUUGCCUUUGGUUCUUUACAUCAUUUACUUGCUGCUAUCUUUUUACCUUUUUAUUUCUGCUUUUUUUUUUUUUCUUGUGUAAUGUUUUUUGUCUCUGGUGUGUGAUGAAACGUCCCAGCUCGCGGUGUCUUCUGCCAGACGCUCUCUGUAGUUGUGUAAAUUGUAAAGAUGAACAGUUUAAUUAAUAGGAAGAUAUGUUGGGGGAUCUUGAUGCUUCAGUUUCACGUUCACUCGUGUUUUUUUUUGUCUUCAGUGGAGGUGAAAAGCACAGUCAAGAAAAUCUACAAUAUAUCUCGCAAAGCUCCCUUUAUCAGAACUACACCAAUGCAGAUGUUUGUGUUUUUAAUAGAAGAAAAUAGAACGUUUUGUUCACUUAGGGUCUCCAUUUACACUGAGGUUGAGUUCAGAAAAUCCCUUUGGCGACAAUCCCCUUAAUAUGAGGAAAAAUCUGAACUUAGACAUUUCCAUUUCAUGAAAUAUAUGGUAGUAGUUUUUUUUUCUUUCUUUUCUUUUCUUUCUGUCUUUGGAGGGAGGAUAUAAUAAUUGAUAUAUUUUUUUGCUUUUGGUAAUAUAUAACACUAAUCUUGUUAAACUGAUAAUAAUGCCAUCUAUUGGUUAUAGUAUUACAUAAUAUGUUGAGAAUCUCUUUCAGAUUUCGUUGUUCCAUAUAAGCAGGAGACUGUUACCGGGAACAUGUGUUGCACCUACUUAACGUGCGGCUCCGAGUCCACCGGGACCCGUCUUUACAUUUCAGCUCCGGUCUCUUUGUUGUUGUCGUUUACAGUGAAAAAGACACGCCGUUGCAUGUUCCCUACAGCGUCGAGAGCCUUAGCAUGUUUUUAACGCUCAGAGCGCUGAGCACGAGAGGUUUUCGAAUAAAAUUGUUUCCAAAAGAGUGCCGCGCUUCAAACAGGUUUUUUUUGUAGUCACAUGUUGUAGAAAGCCAUGACCGGCGCUGCUCACAUGCAACUGUUAAGCGCUGCUUGCUAAAAAGAAAACAAACAAACAAAAGCCCGGUGGACGCAGAGCCCGAGGACCGGGGUUUACACCGCGCUCUGAAAUCUGAUUUUACACACACAGGCCUGAUCUGAAAACACUCGCAAGCCCAAAUCCUUUUCUGCACAUAACACUGCGUCUCGACAAAGGCUCCAAACCACUCGGAGAGAAAUGAAGAGCUCCAUUUCAGAACACUUUGUGCUCAUUUUGGUUGUAAAAAAAAAAAAAAUGUUACCUGAUGUUCAUUGUUCAGUAGUUUCCCCAAAACGUUGUUGGAGUACGUGUCAUAUUUCUCAAAUGAUGGGCAUCUCGUUUUGGAAUGAAACUCUUCAAAUGUGUUUGCCUUUCGGGCCGAUGGGACUACAGUGAGUGAGCAGGACACUUUGGCUGUCGCCGAGAUUGAACCUUUGACCUUUCAGCCUCUCAAACCACAAGGCCACAUUUCACUCACAAUCACUUUUUGAGUUCACUAAAGCCUCAUAAAGUAAAACGCACAAGAUAUAACACCGACUUGUCGCUAGGGUAGGUAAAAGUCAGUGUCACAUCCUGUGCAUUUUCCCUCCAAGCUUUAGUGAACUUAUGCAGAUAAAUGUGGCCAAGAUGUUCAUUGAUAUCCCACCUUUCCAAUUGUAUCACAUAUAAUACUAUCAUAUAUACCGAGGAUGGUGUUGAAUGGAAAAAUCAGACUCCAUUCCUGCUGAAAACCCUGUGCAGACUCCAGUCCUGCAGCUGUGAGGUUUGAUCCCAUGUUUGGCUCAAUGUCCCGUCAGGCACGACGCUGAACUCUCUGCUCGCCCGCUGUACGUCGCACCGGAUUGCAGUGUCCGCUGAAACGCCCUCCACGCAAACUGGAUGCCUCUCUCGCCUGCCUCGGGAAUGAAAAGGUCCCCAUGAAGACCGGCUCUGUGCCGCAUGUCGUAACCAUCAGAUUUGAGCCGGCGCUGUAAAUCCGGUGUUUUGAUGUCUGUUUUAUAUUGAUGAUGUUUUGUCAUUUGGAGCGGUGAUGCGUGGGAAUUAUCCUGACUUUGUUGUGAAUUGAAAAAUCAGAAUGAGAGAAUGGAAUAAAAUAUGGAUCUAUCUUUA